AUGAAGCGAGAUUGGGCAAACUUAGAUUCCCUUGCUCUGAAUUUGAUUCUUGAGAAGUCAAUAGAACCAACCUAUCACAUUUGGUUUGGUUCUGUCUGCAAAAAUUGGCACUCAGUUUCAAAGCUUAAUCAUCACUACAACAUCCAAUUUAGAAGUAAUAUGCUGCCUAUGCUAAUGAUCCCUUCAGAGAAGAGCGCAGAGAAGCGAAAAUUGUAUAGUGUUGUAGCAAAUAGAGUGUAUCCCUUUGAGUUGACGAUGCUUAACAAAAAGAGAUGUUGUGGCUCAAGCUAUGGAUGGCUUGCAACAGUGGAUGCAGAUAAUAUCAUAACAUGGGUUACUUUGUCUGUGGACCCUAUUACAAGUCCAGAUGAUUAUGUUGUUGCAGCAAUUUAUACUAAUCGUGGUGUUUUAGCUUUUAUCAAAGCUGGACAAGAGGUUUGGACAUACAUCCAAGAAAACGACCAUUUUGGUUUCAUUGAUAUUACAUUCUACAAGGGUUUGGUUUACGCGGUAGAUCGUUGGAAAAAAAUUGUCUCUUUUGAACUUUGUUAUUCAAGUGAUCCUCAUGACAUUUUUGGUAGGGAAAGAAGAAAUCCAAAUGUUGUUUUAGAAACAAGUGAAGAUGAAAUUUAUUCUCCUCUAACUUAUCUAGUGAAAUCUUUGGAGGGAGAGUUGUGGAUGGUAAGAAGGUUUAUAACUAGAGAGGAAGACAAUAUAAACAAAGGUACUAAAAAUUUCCAUGUAUUUAAAUUGGUAUUAGACGAUAAAGGUGAGAAGCUUAUUCAUUUGUUGAAACUUGAGAGUUUGGGAGAUAAUAUUUUAUUUGUGGGUGACGGUGAUUCAACGUCUAUAUCAGCUUCAUAUUUCUCAAAUUCUUUACAAAAAGAUUUAAUCUAUUAUUCUGAUAAUUAUUUUGACGAUGAACCUAAUCCUUAUCCUGAAGGUCCUUUUGAUUUAGGAAUCUAUAAUGUUAAAUGGGAAAGUUUCGACCUUCAUUGUCAUUACAAAUCUUACUUCAAAGCUAUGUCACCUCCUAUAUGGGUUGUGCCACCAUUUCAAUUAGAUUGA